UGAGAAAACAAACUCUGUUUUUUUCAAUUCCCAAAUUCGAAACCCUAAUCCUCAAUUUCUCAUUGAUUGCAUACAAUUCGUGGUGAGAUGAUGAAUUCAACCGAAGAGCUGAGCUCAGAUUCAACCAACAAUGGCACCGUCGAGAUCACGUACAAAACCAUCGGCCCAGCUCGGCCGUCUCAAAUUCGAGUGGCGUCUCAUAUCAAAAUUCGUGAUUUGAGAAAUGCAAUUGCGGAAAAGGGUAAAUUUCCCGUUUCAACUUUAAGGAUGAUUCUUCGUGGAAAGGCAUUGCAAGACGAAGAAGAUGGAGAUGAUUUAUACGUUACGCUCAAGGACCAAGAUUCCUUUAUUGUUGCUGUAAUACCAAAUCCACCAGCUGGAGUUGAGUCAUUUGAUGAUGAUGAUGAUGAUGAUUUGAAGUUUAAACUCCCACCGUCAGCAAGCCGGUGGAAGAGGAAGUUAUACUACUUUCUGCGUAACAAGUUGAAGCUGCCAGAUAUCAUUCUUAUGGGACUUUUCUCUUUAAGUCUAAAGAUGUGGGUUAUUAUCACCUUGUGGUUUAUCUUGGCGCCUAUUGCACAUCGGUGGGAUCUGGGCCCUAUAUUUGUAAGUCAUCUUUAUCUUCAAUGUCUGGAUUCCUGAAAAUGCCCAACGUUUUUGCAAUGCCAUUGAAUAUGAGACAUUUUGUAUAGAGAGGUAGUGUCUCUAACAAGUCGUUUCUGUUUAAUCUCCUUUGAUGGCUUUCUUUGUUAUCACGGGGGGUUUCAGAUACUAGGGACUGGAUUUUCAAUCAUCUUGCUCAAUCUUGGUAAACGACAGCCUGGUGAUGUUAGGUAUGUACAUUUCUAAAAACACUUAGCCUCCAUUGAUCUGACUGACAUAGCAACUCAUUUUCCAGAUACCAAAUUAUAUAACACUUAUCUAAAACGUAAACAUCAUUGGUAACUUGGAGAUGUGAAAAAAAAGUCUUAGGAUUCUGGAAGCAUAAGAUUCUGCUAGUAUUCUUAUUAGCUGUAAAGUGGUAUCCUCAUGAGUAUUGUUGAGUUUUAGGCCAUGAAAUAUCUUCUCUUUUGAGUGUUAGAGCUGAAUAAGUUCGAUCUUUUUUCAUGCUUUCUUUCGCAGUGCAUAUUCCAUAUUCAACGAGGAUUUUAGAGAGCUUCCAGGUACAUAUAAUGCAGAUCGUAUAGACCGGGACAUACGAGCAGGCCAGAUGUAAUGCAUAUUUGCAUCAAAACCAUUGCUUGGUAAGAUUCACACAACAGACGAAAAAUACUUAAUACCCAAUGUGCAACCAAGAGAUCAGUUUUUUGUCCUGUCUGAUUGAGACACAACACAAAGCAUGACAGUACUUGAGACCAAAAUUCCUAUUGAUGUACAUGAUCUAGCUAGUCUUUUAAAUUCCAUGAUCAAUGGUCCGUGUUGUACUCGAAUAUUGAGAUUCCCUUAUAUUAAAGAAAUAAAGUGUGAUAAGUUUUGUCA